AUGAAGUACAAGGAUCGCAGACAGCAGGGACCCGAUCAACCUGUUGAACUUCUCGAAUUUCGGCCCACACUGGUACCUUCGAUUCUGGUCAAUAAACUUUGGGCAGACCAAGGCACAGCUAUCCUGUGGAGACGCUAUCCGCACCUUCCCGCUCUGCAGAAAAUGAUCUUCAACCGAAGGCAAUGGUACGCGAACAAAGUCGAAAGGCUGUUCGUCUUGGGUCCCACAGACGAUAGUGGAGAUCUUGCAUAUCUAGAGGGCUUAUGCUGGCCGGACCUCAAGAUACUGGAGCUGGAGGUGGACUGGAAGAGACAUGCGAAAGCAAUCAACGCCAUGCUACACCCAGGCCUUGGGCAACUGGAAUUCCUUGGAUCCCAAACUGGUGACUCACGUUACGUCGCUGGCACUGUUCUUCCCGCCUUGUUCGCACCAUGUACCAACCUUGCUAGCAUUACCUUUGGUUCAGAUGCUCUUUGUCCUGAAGACCCUGUGUCUUAUCGAGAAUUGAUUGAUCUACUCGACGCUGUGCCCAGCAUUACGAAUGUUCGAUUGAUGAAUGCUAGCUUUUCCAACAAGGAUAUGCUUUUCAGACUCUUAAGUCGCCGGCCAGGCCUGAAAGCUCUUCACAUCGACCUCGAUCCGGACUUGCAAUUAUUGCCGUACUUCUCGGGCCCCAACGCGCUUGUUUCCCCAUUUUCCUCUUUGAGGCAACUCCAACUCAUGUGCUAUCCCGAGCUGGCCGUCACACUCCUACCGCACCUGCCGCUUGUAGAACAAAUACAACUAGACAUAGCUAGAAUACCAGAGCGACCACCGCAGGACUGGGACAUGAAUAUCCUUGAUCAUAUCCUGGCUCAGUUGGCACAGUGCAGUGGGCUCCGGUCAUUACGAGUCAACAUCGGUGCACUCGCGCUCAACUUUCCAUCGGCCGCAUCGCACCCGCUCCUUCAUGGUACGGCUUUAGUGGAACUUGCCAAAGGCUGUCCCAAGUUGGAAAAUAUCAACCUUCUCGCCUCGGAACCUAGUGCAAUAGAUGGGUCUAUGAUCUCGAGUCUUCACUUCGAGGCAUUUUGUAGGAAAUUGCCGCAGCUUUUGAGUCUCAAUAUCAAGCUCCAUCCACAAAGCGCAAUCGAUCUGGAGGCUACCGCGCUAGCGAGUCUCGGAAAGAACUGCCCUCUGCUUGAAACUUUGCGCCUGAAAGUUUCACUACAUCUCCCAGAUCUACAGAUACUACGUAAUCAUUCGCCUCCAGAAGCCGUCGAGACGCCGCUCAACGAUCGCUCUCAAACCCUCGACACACUCUGUACUCCGGCCAUUACUCUCAACGGCCAUGAACGGGGCGCUUCCGUGGAACUAGAAGAUCUAACCGGUACUGGAACUUCUGACGGCCCGCUCUUCCCAUUCCUGACGCAUGUUGCCUUCGCACGUCCUCAAUCUAUCCUCUCGAUUGUUAGUGACACAUACACCGUUUCAUCUAACUCGCAAUGUAGCUCCGUGGUCGAUCCACUCGUUGAAGAAGAGCUUGUCCGGUCAUGGGCACAACCGCUAGGAGCACAUUUCCCUCGUUUAGAGAUACUAGAAGCAUGGAGUGACUGGACGGGACAGGAUAACGAGUCACUGAGUUAUUUUCUACCGCACGAGGAGCUACUGGCGAGUGUUUGGGACUUUUUGAGUGGAGUCGAGCAAGACCUUUGGGAAGACCCAGAAGAUGCAGAAGAAGAAGAAGAAGUGAACAACGAACCGGAUUGGGCUGAAUAUCGUAAGGAGCGAUUCAGUAUGGACAGCUACAUCAGUGGAGAUUGGGAGCUCGCCAGCCUCGUGAAUGAAUUCCCGGCAGAAGAGGAUUUUAACAAGAGCGCAUAUUCAGACACAUACAACGAAGAGCCAGAAGGCAUGGUCACACCGGGAAGAAACAUAGACGAUGGUCAAGAAUCAUAUUUUGGUCGUGCAAAUACGAAGUACAUUACUGCUUCUGGGUCGUCAGCAGUUGUUGUCGUACCGCAUGCGGCAACACAUUGA